AUGUGGCAGGCCAUUCCAAUGACCGGGACCGACGUAUCGCAAGAUUCAUCACCCGAGCCUACACACCAGCGCAAUACCUUCGAUGCGCCUGCGCAAAGUACUGCGCAUAUGGACUUGAAUACUUCGCCUGCGGUGGCAUUCUCGCCAAUGCCAACGCCUCUAGAGGAUUUCUCAGCGACCAAUAUGUUGAUGACUCCGAGGCCUCCUCUGUCAAACAACAUCCUUUCUCCAGAAAUACCCUCAGUGGGAGAUCAGAUUCCCCUUGAAACUGGAGUGUCGCCCAACGACCAUGAGAGUGGCAUCUUUAGUGUCGACGGCACAUUCUUCCCAAACUUCAUCCCCGACUCCCUCAUUCCUUCUCUUGCCCGAUAUAAUGACCCAGAUCCAUCGCAAGUGGCACCUGACUAUGUCCAUUUUGGCGCCUGGGAUGACCUCCACUUUGACUUCACUCUUACCGACGGCGACUUCGGUCUGAUCGACUUUUAUAACUCCCGGAGCUUUCUACCAAACUUCCACACCAAAAAUCAUGAGAUUUAUGAUACCGACAGUGGCAUCGGAAUCGGUGCAGAGGCCUACCACCGCUCAUCACUCUCCGCAUGGAAACCCGCACCUGAGGAUCAUGCCAUUAACGACCAUGAAAACCUAUCUGUCCCGCAAGUGAUCAACAGUCCAGAAACCAACAUUUCGUCUGAAUGGCCAACUCUAUGUGAGCGGUUGACAUCCAGUAGCCGCGACCUAAUUUUGAGCUUGGUCUUGGAGGUCAGCCGAGAUGCCAGCCUGAGUCGUAUCAUGAAGUCAUUUCCAAGUACAGAAUUACUGGAUGGCUUGAUCCAGCAAUAUUUUGAGCUACAACAACAUACAGUUCAAACAUUCAUUCACAUGCCAACUUUCCAAACCAACAGCGAAGAUCCUGGUGUCCUUGCUGGUCUGGCUGCUGCUGCUGCCGUUCGUUCACCCGUUCCUACUAUCAGAAAACUUGGAUAUGCGCUAAACGAAAUUGUGCGACUGCAUCUUCCGAGAAAGUACGAAAGAGAUAAUACAUUUAUCCGUGAUCUGCGGACUUCACAAACCUAUGCCUUGACUAUCGACAUUGGUAUCUGGAGUGGGAACCAUCGAAAGACUGAAAUUGCUGAAAGCUUUUCACAACCGCUCAUUACAAUGCUUCGUCGAGCUUUACGAUUUCGUCGCUCGGUUUACGCUAACAUAGUACCCCUUGCGGAGGAUAAAGGGCCUGCCCUCGAGGCCAAGUGGCGCGAAUGGGUUGAACAAGAAUCCUUCAAAAGGCUUGUUUACCAUAUCUUCAUACAUGACUCCCAGACAGCCAUGGCUCUAAACGUCAAUCCGGUUAUAUCAUAUGCAGAUAUGGAGCUUCCUUUGGCGGCGUCGCGUCAUUUAUGGGAGGCCAAGUCUGCCACCGAGUGGAAAGACCGCUUUGGUACAAUGGCUCCCGGGCGCUUGCCAUCCCUGGCCGACCUUCUCCGCGACAUGUCACAAAUCACAGUGUUCCAAGAUCGUGUCGACGCCCAAUUCGCAGCAUCGGUUUUGAUUCACGGUCUAGCCGCGCUGAUCAACGAAUAUCACAGGCUAAAGUUUAUUUCUACCAACAACUCCAAACAUUGGCAUGCUCUCGUGACAAACUCUCGUCAACAAGAGCUUGAUCAGGCCCUCCAGCAUUUCCGGAUGGUCUGCUCUGAACUGCGUGUGCAAUGUCGACCUGAGAUCAUGCUUGUGUGUGAAGUUGUCUCAAUGCUCUUGCACAUGUCCCUUGAGGAACUUCAACUCUUUGCCGGCAAGGAAGAUAAACAAGAAGCUCGGCGGGUCUACCAUUCCGCCUUGGAGUGGAUUGCUAGUUCUGAUUCACGAAGAGCGGUAUGGCACGCCGGUCAGGUCAUCCGCGCUGCAAGAAGUAUGCCACCAGGUUCCUUGACAGGGUUCUUGGCUAUUGGAGUCUACUACGCCGGUCUUGCAUUUUGGUCUUAUAGUGUGGUCUCCAAGGCGAACACGGCUCGACUCACUGGAAGCCCUAACUCUCCGAUACCAAACACUGGCCCUACGGUCUUUCUUGAUGGCGACGAUUUACCAGAUGUCUCCAAGUUUGUAACCAUGGACUGUGGCUCUCCCGCCUUGCAGGGCCCGGGCGGAGCAGCCUAUUUGGUUGAUCCGGGGACUACAAUGGAUGUUGUACAAACAACACUUCGAGCCGAAACUUCCGAGAGGACACCACCCUUGGUCCAGAUGCUGGCUCAAUUGAUAGGGGACUUGGGGCACUGCAUAAAUGUACGCACAGAUACCUCGGGUGAGCGUCCACAUUCCGACGAGCUUUCCCCACACUUCACCCGACUUUGCGGGGAGAUCGGACUCGGCGCCGAGGCCGAAGUAUCAAGCUUCUCGGUGCAUAAGUAG